GCCAUCAUCACGUUAUCUUUAUCCGUUGUACAUCCAGGUUUAUCUACGAAGCGUUGCGGCAUGUCGAGUGCUAUCACUAUUUUUUAGCAUUAUUGACACGCCGAGAUUUUAACGAAUUGUACGUUAUCUAGAAUUUAACAAACCAGGAACUGUUCGGUCAAGAACUUUGAAGCAAGUAUUAGUAAUGGAAUCGGAAUCCAGACGCAAGGGCCCUAGGAGUCCCAGUGCUGAUUCAGACGACUCCUCGCAUGCCAGAAGAAGAAGGAAGUAUGAUCGAUCGCCGUCUCCGAGACGAAGCAGAUAUCGCAGGUCGCGGUCUAGAGACAGAAGAUCUCGUUCGAGUUCCAGAGACAGAAGACGGAAGGAAUCCAGCAGAUCGCAAGACAAUUGGAAACAACCUCCUCCAUCUCAAUCUCAGAGUUCUGUACCGAAUCCAAACAAUUCUACUGGUUAUGUUUCAGCAGUACAUAAUCAAUACCAGGCACCCCCACCAAACACAAGUCAGCCACCACCACCUAUAUCUGCUUAUAAUCAGGGAUAUAACAAUUACGGCUACAACUAUGGCACGGGUUAUGACUACAGUUAUCAACAACCUGCUGGAUAUCGAAGUGAUUAUCCACCACCCAACUGGCAAGGAAGUCAAGUAACAUAUAACAAUCAGCAAGCACCACCACCUCCAUCAUUGACAUCUCAACAAGAAUCGUCAAGACCAAUUGACAGUGGUUCUUCUGGUUUAGUGACAUCUUUAACAAGACCUGAGGAUGUCAAAAAAGAAGCAGCAAUCGCAGCUGAAGUAAAACAACAGAAAGCGACAUUGGCUAAGCAACGAGAGGAAUAUGUUCUAAAAUCUGCUACGCUGCAGCGUGAACUGGAAAUUCUGCGUCAACAGUGUGACGAGAUAGGCAAAGAGGGUGGACGCGAAAAUAAUCGAAUUAUAAAAGAAAAUCAGAAAUUGCAGGUCGAGAUACAAAAUAAAAUGAAAUCUAUUCACAAUGUCAUCGAUAUGCUCACUGGCAUCAUUGGUGACGAAGUUACUGUGGAUGACCUGAAGAGCAAAUUUAAAUUAGAAUUAAAUAAGCGUUCAAGAAGCCCGAAAGAAGAUUUUCCGAAAGGAAAGUCUCCUUCGCCUGACAGAUCAUCGGUUUCCGAUACAGAUAAGGAAUCCAAAGCGGAAAGAGAUGUUAGGGAGAGAAGAUCAUCAGAGGAUAAGCCUAUGUACAAUUUCGUUCACUACGAUCCCGAAAUGCAUUGGUGUAAAGUCUGCGAUAUCUUUCCUAAGACAGCAAAGGAAUAUUUAAAUCAUCUACAUAGCAAUGAGCACAAAGAGGCUUGUUUAGAACGCAAGAUUGUUGAUAUGCCAUGGCAUGAGCGAAAUGGUGAAGGGACAGAGAAAGAAGUACCCUAUUAUCCUGGACUGCCGACGAAAAGAACACCUAUCAAAGGGCUACAAUUCUUCAGUGCGUCAACAGCUUGGUAUUGCAAACUAUGCGAAUCUUGGAUAGGAGAUCUUCACUGUGCCAGUCUACAUCUGAAGUCUAAACGUCACUCUGAAAACUUUUCUCGUUUCGUGGAGCAAAAUCCGCAUUGGGAAACUGAUUGGAUGGCCGAUCGAGAAAAGGCGUUCUCUGAAGAAAAGCAUAAGCAAAUACAAUUGGAAUUGCAAAAACAAAAAGACGAUGAUCCACCGACAAAGUCGAAGAAGUCUAAGAAGAACAAGAAAAAAUCGAAGAAGGCUAAGAAACGUAGAAACAGAAGUAGUGCUAGUGAUACGUCUAGCGAGUCAGAGAACUCCGACACUGAAUCCGAUCAGGAUACCACAAAGAGUAUACGCGUGGCGAUGCGAAACAAGAUGAAGGCUUCGACACAAGCGAUUCUUAAUGAGGAAAUAGAUUAUCAGCGUUUAAAAUUGAAGGGGCACAAUUGGUCAAAGGCACCGCAGAUAAAUCAAUCACCGCUGCCCGAGCAACAUCCAUCAGAUGCGGAUGACAGGCAACUUCUGAAUUCGAUCAGGGAUAAACUGAAAGCCAAGCAGGAAGAAGAAAUGAAGACUCGCAAAGUAAAUCAAGAGAAAACAAUAGAGGAAGAGGAGGAAGAUUUACAUCAGGAGAGCUAUUCGAAGAAAUCUGAGGAUUUAGAGGCUUGGGGACCGAAGGAACCACCUAAACCAUUCUGGAUAAAGAAGGAAGAGGAGAAGCAAUCGCAGCAACCAAUCACAAAUAAACCAAUCGAGUUGCCGAAACCGGAGGAAAUGCCGAAGCCACAUAUGGGAUUCUGGACGAAGCAACAGGUAAAUAUGACGGUGAAGCCGCCUGAAAGUAAAUCAAUGGACAAAGAAGAUGAAAGGGAUCGCGACAGAGAUCGCUACAAGGAUGAUCGCGAUCGCAAAUACAGUAGCAGGUACGAGAGAAGAAGCCGGCGAGAUAGGGACCGUGACAGGGACAGAGAAAGGGAUCGAGAUCGCGAUUACUAUGAUGAUCGUCGAAAAAGAGACAGGGACAGAGAUAGCAACGAUUCUCCGAGACGCGACAGAAAUUGGCGCGACAAUAGUCCGAAGAGGAAUUAUGACAAGUAUAGUAAAGACAGACGGGGAGAUGAUAAUUCAUCGAAUGAUGAGUCCAAGUUUGAAAAGAAAUCGAACGAGUCCAAAUCGAAAAAAGGCAACGUCCUAAGCAAGAAAUCUGCGCCGCAGGCGGCCAAGGGUAAGUUACCCUUUAUCGGCAGGUUACCUUUGUUCAAGAAGAAGACCGAAGAGCCCAAGUUGCCAGAGAAAGACAUUACUCCGUUGCCCUAUCAGCAGAGCAAGUUCGAGGAUACGCCAAAAGUGCCCAAUGAAAUCAUCAAUCCACCAGGUGUUGUGCAUAUCACCAAGUUAGCUACUCCGUUGAAUUUGAAUAAUAACGGCAGCGCAGCAAUUUCACUGACAAACAAAACUAUUAAUCAGCCUAUGAAAAUCUUAGUGGCACCUCCACCGCCUGUAUUAAACGAAAGCAAACCUACGCCUCAAGUGGUUGACAUGGAAAUAGAUGACCAAUCUGAGGAGACGGUUAUAGAGGAACAAUUGAUAGUGGAGCAACAAAAACAGCAACAACAAACGUCGAGUGUGUCAAAACUGCCGCUACCCCCGCAUCCACCACCGCCAUUGAAUAGACCACCGCCCAGCUUCACGCCAAAUCAGCAACAGCAAUCAGUCGUGCACAAUAGACCGCCGCCAACACCGGUGCAAAGUACACCACCACAAUUUACACCGAAUCGACCGCCUCCGCCGUUUAUGUCGAAUCCACCGCCGUUUGUUCCACCGAGGUUUCCUCCUCGUCAGGCCGUACCGCCACCUGCUGCCUUCAUGACCACUCAGCCGCCACCGAUACCGAGCACCACGGGUUUCGUGCAAAACCAUCCGCAGAAUCCGCCUCCACCUCCGCCACCAUUACCAUCAACAAUAGACUCGAAUGUAACAGUUGCACCGUCGCACUCCGAUGUAUCUGACAUACCAGAGCCAUCGGAGAAACGUUCGGCGGAUCCGAGCAUUCCGUUGCCAGAUGAUCUGCAGGAAGCUCUAAACAUAAUCUUCCCUAAAGAAGAGACAGCAGAAAGCAAACAGCAGCAUCAGCAACAGCAGAAUCAGCAGGAGUCUAGUCUUAUGUAUUCAUCAAUGUACAGUAUGUUGGGCUGCGUUGGAUAUGGACCUGAAUACAUGGAUCAACCACCACCCGAAAUUAUGCAGGAGGCGGAAACAGAGGCGGAUACUCAACCUGGGCCUGAUGAUCUUCGCAUGUUGGGCAUCGACGAGGGAGAUACGAUCCUAUAAAUCACGCUCGCAAAGAUUUUCACACUGGUAGAGAAGAUUGAUCCACGAGAUUUGUAUUAAUAAAAAGACUCUGUUGCUAAUAAUUUACACGCAUAAAGAUUUCCUACUCUGCAUUAGAAAGAGUAGGUCCGUUAUCAUUGAUCCGUCAUUUCUCACUCAUCUCGGCAUGUCGUACGAUAAAUACUUCAUCAGUAAUUAUCAAUUACGUAUCUUCUAUCUUAAAAAACAAAUAUGUGAUAAAAAAGUAAAGAAAAAAGGAAAAAUAAAAUGGCUACAAAAAAAUGGUCUUGAAAUUAUAUAUUGUAAGUACAAGUGAUGCGAUGGUCUGUAAAGAUUACUUAACGAUAUGCAGCAAAACGAAUAUUGUCCAUUAGAUAGUAAUAUUUGUUAUCUCGUUAGUAUCUCAUGAUUUUUUCCCGUCUCGUACCAUGUUCCGUGCAUUUUUUUUUCUUUUUUUUUUCCAUGAUGCAUUAUGAUCCAUUUGAUGUUAAUAUCAGCAAACAUUAGCAACAAUUAAUAUAUGAUUGUCAGGAUCUUAAGUUUCAACUGUAUUAAGAAAGUGUAUUGCAAAAAAUACUCGUUGAAAAUUUGCAAGUAAUCUGGACAAUCUAGCGUCCUUAUCGGAUGUUAUCAAUGAGUUAUGUAUAUCAAAGGACAAAAAGUGUAAUAUUAAUAAAAAAAACAUAAUGUCGUA